AUGGAGGCGGCAGGGUUAGCGAUAGGAAUCGUAGGCAUUGCUGGUCUUUUCAAUACUUGUCUAGAUUCAUUGGCAAGGUUUCAAUCCUACAAGUCUUCCAGCGCCGAUUCUCAUAUUCUCGAUACGCGGUUUCGUGCUGCCAGGACACGAUUCGAGCAAUGGGGCGCUAGCGUGGGAAUAUCGCAGGGAUUGCUUUUACCAGAUCAUUAUCAUGGGUUGAAGGAUGAAAACACAGCCAGUGUGAUUCAGGAUAUUCUUCACAUCAUUGCCAAAACCAUUUGUGAGAAUGGCAACGCACAGCAGAAUCUGCAUCAAAAUGAGCGGUUCGCUGGGAUCCUACAGUCGAGGCGGAAGAGGCUCAGAUGGGCUCUUGGAGGCAAGGAAGAUCGCACUGAACAGGUUGAAGUGUUUGAAAAGUUGGUGCAACAGCUCCACAACUUGGUGUCCGUCGACCAGAACGGUCACAAGCAUUCUGGAGAUCACAAGGAUGAGGGCUGGUCUGAUGUGCGACAAAUCCUACUCAACAUGGAGCAAGGAAUGAAGAAUGAGAUGCAACGUGAUAUCUACUCGUGGUUGGGGAUACCCUCUUCCAAUGACAAGUAUCAAGACUCCUUGGACCAACGAGUCGAAAACACGUGCAGUUGGAUCUUUGAUCGACAAGAGUUUGAGAAUUGGGUGUCUCCCGAAAACCCAACCUCUCCAGCUCUGCUCUGGAUCACCGGCCCCGCAGGCUUCGGCAAAACAAUCCUUUGCGCCCGCAUCGUGCAGCAUCUAUCGAAGACCCUUGAUUCUCCUGUUUCUUACUUCUUCUUCACAUCCGACCUCGGCACUCGCGAUACUCCCUACCUAGCCUUACGAUCAUGGAUACAUCAAGUCGCCGACGUGCACGAAGAUGCCUUCGAAUGCGUCCGUCGGGCUUGGGAAGCUUUCCCGACCGAAAAGGCUUCUCGGAGGAACUUGAUUGAUCUCUUUGCCGAAAUCGUCGACGCUGUACCUGGAUGCACAUUUAUCGCUGAUGGAUUGGAUGAGUGCUCGCAGCUUGGGAUUGACGACUUCUCGCUCUCUCGAUUUCUCUCUGAUGUGUUACAGGCCGUCGCAAACAGUAACGCGAGACUCCUGUUUAUCAGCCGAGACGAGCCAGAAAUCAGAGAGGCUUUGGAGGAGAACGCACCAGAGAUCUUCACAGAGUACAGGAUUACUCCAGAUGACGUGCGAUCCGAUACCGCCGCUUUUUCACAGUCCAUCGUCGACAAGAAGUUAUCCAACAAGAGCGAGGAUAUAAGAACGACUAUCUCAGAAGCAAUGACGAAAAGAUGCGAAGGCCAAUUCCUGUGGAUUCGAAUGCAAGAGGAGACACUCAGGAAAGGCAUGAGUAAGAAACGGCUUCACGACGCUGUGGAGAAUACACCCCCAGGUCUUGACCGUCUUUAUGACCAUAAUUGGAAGAGAAUUAUGGAGAUGUCCCAAUGGGAGAAAGACCGAGUCUUUGCGUUGCUACGUUGGGCUGCGUUUGCGAGGCGGGCUCUUUCUGUUUGGGAGAUCACAGAAGCUGUCCUGAUCACACAGUUCGAAGAACUAGACCCCGACGAGUAUCCCGACGAAGUUGACAAUGAGUACGUCAAGACAGAGAUAGUCGGAUUGUGCGGCCCUUUGCUGGAGGUGAAGGAUAUGUUUGUCCAUAUACCUCACUUUUCGGGCAUGUCUGCUGUAUCUCAACCAGCCUCAAGUUUGGCGUGA